AUGUCAUUUAAUGAUAAAAAUUUAUCUAUGAGUUUUAAUUUCUUUAAAAAAAGAAAAAAAUCAAAAUCUAGCAAAUCUAAAGAAUUAUCACCAUUAUCGAAUUUAUCAUUAUCUGAAUCAUAUUUGAAUGGGUCACAAAAUUCAAGAUUAACACCAAUAAAGUAUAAUUUAACUAAAAGGGGCUCAGUCGAUGCGUUUGAUAGAGAUUCAUCUGAUAGAAGAGUUAAUUCCAUAAAAAGAGGUUCAUUUCGUGGUAUAUUAAAUGAUUUUGGUACACCAGCAUCACAAUCGUCAGUAACACAAAGUUCAACGCAAAAUGAUGAAAAUGAUUUAAUUCCAAUCAAACCUUUUAUUAAUUUAGAAUUAUGCAAACCAUUUAAUUAUAUCUUUUGGGAAAUGGAAGAGAAAAGUAAGAAUGGAUAUGGUAUAGAAAAGUGUAUAAAUAAUGUAAUAUAUAAUAAUAUGAAGGAUAUUUAUGAAUCAUAUUGUUAUCUGAUUGAAAAUCAAUGUCAAAUUUCUAAUUGGUCAACUGUUUAUUUAAAUUCUUAUCAUUAUCUUAAACCAAUAAAUCUUACCAAUUUUCAUUAUAAUUUUAAUAUACAUACCAUUAUUCAACGAUUGGAUAAUAUGGAAGAAGAAAAAGAAUUAGAAGAAUUAGAAAGUGUAAUAGAUAAUGUAAAUAUUGCUGGUGAAAUAAUAAAUGGACCAGUAUUUAUACAUGAAUCAUUAUUAAAAUCUUUCAAUAAUAACUAUGAAUUAUUACCCUCUAAGAUAAAUAAUGGAUAUGAGCAUAAGAAAUAUGGAAUAGAAUAUGAUUAUUUACAUAAUUUAAUUAAUCGAAUGUUAUACGAACGAGCUUUAAAACAAUUAAUUAUUAUUAAAUCAAAUGUUGAUAUUGAUUUUAUUAAUUUAAAUCUUAUAGAGGUAUUGCGUUACGGUGUGAGGUCCACGGCCACCAAUAGCCCCGAAAGGGGUGCUUUAGUUAUAUACCCCUCAAAGGGACAUAGUACUAUUGUACUUACAUUAUUAGAUUAUAUAUUCAUUAUGAAUAGUAAGAAAUUGUAUAUACCGAAUAUGAAGAAGAAUGAAGAUGUAUAUGGAUAUAUAUCAAAGAUUUCAGGAAUUGUUGAAGAUAUAAGAUAUACCAGACUUAAAAAGAUCUAUUCAUUUUUAGAAAACUUGAAAAUGGAACAAAAAAUCAUCAAAUUAGAUCAUUUCCAAUUUUCAGAAACUUAUAUCAUAAAUCAAUAUUUGAGUGGAUAUUGUUCAUUUGAUGAUAAGAAUAAAAAGACAUCCAAAUUACCGUGGAAACAAGUUGAUUAUCUACUUUCUGAUCUUGAAAAUAAUCUGAUGGACUCACUUAAUUAUAAAUUAAUCUAA